UGCAAGGAGAAGGACGGCAUCGGCUCGUAGACAUUACAGUACACUGGAAUUUACGAGCGGGAUUCCGUAGCUGGCCGAACAUGCGAGCGAGAGGUAUAUAGAUAGAGGACUCUCGCCUCCGUCGUCGACGCCGAGCAUUGAUGAUGCCGGGCGGGAAAGAAGUUUCAUGGAGCUGUCUUUGAGUCAGAGUCGGGGAGCUUGAGUUCGGCAGAAGCGUGGAGAUUUUUUUAUGCCGCCUCCCGACAGCAGGAGAAAGAUCCGAGAAUUUAGUUCAGGUGAACUUGUCGACCAAACGUCAGCGUGGGGCCACCUCUUUCUGGCUUGUAUGGGUAGCCGAUCCAAACUCGGCUGUUGUGUCGAGGCGAGGUGAGCAGCAAUCAACUGUCCGCGAUAGCGGAGGGUGCUUCGGCGGGCCAGUUUCUCACAUCUCUGACGAAGGAGCUCGAUGGAGGAACCUCCCCCGUUUCAAGAAGCUGCCCAGUGCGUCACCUGUCUGGCAUCGUUCACCACCUUCAAGCGACGGCAUCACUGUCGGAACUGCGGUCGUAGCUAUUGUAACGAACAUUCGGCUAAUCAGAAGGCAAUUCCGCAGUAUGGUCUCUACACCCCUGUGAGAGUUUGUGAUGAGUGUUUCAACCCACCAAAGCAAUCAGCCUCAACGACGUCCACUUCAGCAACUAUCGAAAACACGGAGAAAAAGUUCAGAAACCUUGACUUGGAACGAGAUGGUCAUCUUUUGUCUAAAGAAGAGGAACCAACUCAAACCUCAAGUGGAGAAUAUUUCAACUGCACUUGCGGGAUGCCUCUGUGUAUAUGUGAGGCUCCUUCUGCUCCUGAGGUUGUUGCCCCUGUUAUCUCUACACCUCAACCUAACGUCUCGCAAAAGCCAAAGAAGUUACCGAGUGUUUCUUCUCCUUCGCCAUUCAAGCCAUCAGCUGUAGCAUCUUCGGGAAAUAACAUGCCAAGUCUGUUUUUCUCCAGCGGGCAGCCUAUGCAUGGGAGAAGUCAUCCUCUUUCUAAGUCAUAUGACCUGAAUGGAGAGGGAGUACGAGAGGCUGUCAAGAAUGGAGACGUUUCGGCGGUGAAGGAGUUACUUUCACAGGGAGUGGAUGCAAACUACUUUGACCGACAGGGAAUGUCUUUACUUCACCUGGCUGCCAUGUUCAACUUCACUGAAAUCACUUUCAUGCUUAUGGAUGCUGGAGCUAAUGUUAAUGCCAAGAAUGCUCAAGGAGAAACUCCUAUAGACUGUGCGCAGCCGACGUUGGGACACAAAAUGCGACGGCGAGUCGAUUCAUCUCCAAGCAAAUAAGCUAUCUCUUCUUCAAUGUCGAUGUGCAGAAACUCGAGUACAUACAAUUAAUAGCUUCACUGAGAAAGAUUCUUUCAGCUUCGAGAUCAAAAGAAGACAUACUAAAUGAUUUUGACUUCAUGCUUUUAACGUCGAUCGGUGGAUGUAUAUUUUCUGGAAACCUGACAUCGAUUAGGAGAAAUGUUAAGUUUCAACUAGAGGCACUGCCAGCCUUUUCUCAGCUGGGAGAACUAUUUUGUGAAUGCUUCAAUAACGCCUUGUCGCUGUCUGUCUAAAUCUCUACGACCCAAGGCAGCAACCUGUUCAGUACGGUGACACCCCAUAUGUGACUAUGAUAGUUGCAGAUGUGUUUAUCAUGAGCAAGUGGGUCAGUGGGGAUAGUGUGAGAGGAAUCUGAACUUGCUUCCGCACUGAUUUUCAGGCUACCGAAUGCAACAUUACUGCUGAGUCUGGAGUUAUUUAUUUGACGGCCCCCAGUUGAUCAUUUGAUAUAUCACAGAAACGUAGGCAAGGUGAUUUUACUGUGACCACCAGCCUUGACCGAUAUCAGGAGGGUGCUUUUGAGCUUUGAGUUCUUUGUUGGCGGAAAGAAUUGAUCAAUAGAGGUGUGAUUGGUACGUUCCGGCCUUUGCUUC